AUGUCAAAACAAGGUUUCGGGUCUCAAAAACCACGUGAUUCAUACAGUCUAAGCAAGUCAACAAGCUCUGCAUCUAAGAGUUCUCCAUUUGCUUCAAAAACUCAAUACAAUGUGAACACCUGGCAAAAAAAUACUCCACAAGUUACUAAAGCACAAUCUACCCUAAACACUGGAUUUAAGAGCUCCACAUCCAAUAUCCCAACAUUCAAAGAAGCAACUCCUAAAAGCAACGUCAACUUGUCAACGGGACAAAAAAAUUCACUAGCUGCUUUCAAAACUAAUUCCAACUAUAACGUUGAAUCCAAAGGCUUUUCACAUACCUACAAAAACCCCCCUAGUAUUAACACUGCAAUAAAAAAUGUUCCACACAACUUCACAAAUCAUCCCAACUUGUAUACUGGACCCGAAAAUCCACGUCCUGCCUUCCAAACUAUUUCCAAAUGGCCUACUGCGCAUCCCAUUGCUGCACCUGCGUUCAAAGUUUAUCCCACUUUCAAUAACUAUCCCCGAAACUAUUCACCAGCACACUUACUUGGAUCUUGGAACGGUGCAUCAGAUAGCGAACGAACCCUAACAAAGGACGGUGUAUUAAAACUGCAGGCAGAAGGAGGUCGAUCACUUGUACCAUCACAGAAGAAUGACGACGAUUCGUCUAUCAGAAACCAGGCCCCUACAUCAUCGGGUCCGAACGGAGAACGUGCCGACAUUAGACCUCACGAAAACAUCAAUGAAAUCGAGAUCAACUGUCCGACUUGUGAAGCAACAUUUCCGCCCAAAAUCUACCAGUGCGCAAAUGGUCACAGCUCUUGCAGCAGCUGUAAGGAGAAAGGCUGCUCAUGUGGAAUUUGCAGCCAAGUCAUUACUGACAUGAGAAAUUUUGCUCUAGAAGAUUACCUAGCUGAGAAAAAAUUUCUAUGCCCACACAAUACCGAGGGCUGUGAGCUCGUGAUGAAUAUAUCGGAAAUUCAUGCCCAUAUCGAAGAAUGCCCAUUUAGAACGUUGGAGUGUCCUGCUGGAUGUUCUUACAAAAUGUCAAUUAAACAAUUAUCUGGUCACUUUGACAAUCAGCACCCGGGACAGCGAUUGAGUGGCGUCGGUUCCGAAGUCGAACUCCGUUACAUCUAUGAGCCUAGCCAGAAGGUUUAUCUUUUAGAAUUGGGUGCAUUCCACUUCCUGUUCCACGAAUGGGUGUCAGCACAAAACCGUCGGAUUUACAUGGCGGCUCAACUAAUCGGCACAAAGGCCAGCGCCUCAAAGUGGUCCUACGAGGUCCAAAUCUAUGCCAAGAAUGAACCUCAUAGGGUGUACACAUGCUCUGAGUCCUGCACGUCGUUCAUGAAGCCCGUGGUUGAUGUUUUCAAUGAGGGUAAAUGUUGUAUUCUGACUCAGACACACGCCGCUACUUUUAUCCACAAUGCCGCCGUGAAUUAUAAGGUUUUUAUAAAGAAAAUUGCAGAAAGUAUACCUCAAACUGAAUUCUUGUUAAUAAAUUUAGAUGAUUGA